UGAUGGACAGUUGGGUCCAGCCAGUCAGUGGUUACGGGCCGACAUGUUGGAGGUAUUUCAGUGAUCGUGCGCGGUGGGUAUAACGCGUGAUUUUUCAUGCGUUUUUUGUGCGUGUUCGAUAUAUAAGAAGUGCUUUUUGGAUUGCGACGCUACAUGUGAAGUGUCGAGUGAGACCAAACCUGCUUGUGCCUGGUUUACCCAGCCCAGCAAACAUGAGCUGGGGUACAGAACUCUGGGACCAGUACGAGAAUCUGUCCCUGCACACGCAGAAAGGGAUAGAGUUCCUGGAAAGGUAUGGCCAUUUCAUUCGUGACCGAUGCGCUAUCGAGGUGGAAUAUGCUGCUAAACUCAGACGUCUCGUGAAGAGCUAUCAACCCAAGAAGAAGGAGGAGGAGGAUUAUCAGUAUAGUCCAUGCCGAGCGUUCAAAAUGGAGUUGAACGAGGUAAACGAUCAGGCAGGACAGAGGGAAGUAAUCGCAGAGAAUCUACAGGCAAACGUGUUAAGGGAAUUGAAUAUUCUCGUGAAGGAUUUCAAGGAAGACCGUAAAAAGCAUCUUCAAGAAGGCGCCAGAUUAAUGGCGAACCUGACCGGUCAGAUUGGGAAUCUGGAGCGUGCUAGGAAGGCUUACGAGAAAGCUUUCCGUGAGGCGGAAAGAGCAGUGGAAAAUUAUCAAAGGGCAGAUGCUGAUUUGAAUCUCUCGAGAGCGGAAGUCGAAAAGCAGAGGAUGAACAUGACCUUAAAAACUCAGCAGAGCGAAGAAGCGAAAACCGAGUACGCGAAUCAGUUGCAGAAAACAAACGACAUGCAGACGCUGCAUUAUCACACGGCUAUGCCAGAAGUGUUUCAACACCUGCAGGAACUCGAUGAAAAGAGAAUAAAAAAUAUGCGAAACUACAUGCUAAAGUCUGUAGAGAUAGAACGAGCAGUGGCUCCGAUAAUCGCUCAGUGUUUAGACGGUAUCGAGAAAGCGGCAAACGAGAUCAAUGAGAAAAAAGACACGCUAUUGGUAAUCGAACGUUACAAAAGCGGCUUCCAGCCUCCGGGAGAUUUUCCGUUCGAAGACCUUUCCGUGGCUAAAACGUACGACAGCAAUAGUCAGUUGUCACAGCCCGUGAUGCAGCCGAUACACAAUCAUCACCUGACAGCGAAGGGUACCGUUUCUGGUAGUAAAAUCAAGAAGAGGGUUGGUCUGUUCGGCAUAUUCAGUAGCAAUAAGAAGUUGAUCGAGGUGGGCAUAGCUUUGAAGAAUAAUGUGCCCGGAUACGGCGACGGUGCAAAGGAGGACUGCAGCGAUCUACCUCCGAAUCAACGCAAGAAGAGACUACAACAAAGGCUGGAUGAAAUACAAGCAAAAAUUCAGCAAGAAACCGCAGCUAGGGACGGCUUGAUGAAAAUGAAAGGCGUAUACGAACAAAAUCCUGCGUUAGGUGAUCCGAUGAGCAUAGAAGGACAAUUGAAUCAAUCGAGUAACAAACUAGAUAAACUAGGUGCAGAAUUGGCAAAGUUCCAAGGUUAUUUCGAAGAAGCAAUGCGCGCCGGUGUCAGUUUAUCCAGUCCGAGUCAAGCACCACGAAAACCGACUAGUAAUGGUUCCGCAACAAGGCCGUUAAGUUCAAGAAGAUCCAGUCAUUCAGGAGGAGAGGAAAGUCUGUCAAGAUCGGCGUCUGAUUCAAGUGUAAGCAACGCGAACGCUAAUCAACCAAUGCACAAGAAAAGUGCUCCGGGUACGCCGCAGCCGUCGCACGGUUCCACGAAUAGCCCGGAAUCUGGUCUUGGAGAAUCGAGGACAUCCCUUCCUGGUAGUGGCGGAGAAGAAUAUUACGUUGAUGAAAUUGAUGCUCAACCGCCAUUGGGAACGUGUAGGGCUCUUUAUCCUUUCGAUGCAACUAGCGAAGGUUCAAUACCGAUGUACGAUGGAGAAGAAUUAUACAUGAUUGAAUUAGAUCAAGGGGAUGGAUGGACGCGUGUGCGUCGCAUUUCACAACCAAUCGAGGGCUUUGUACCUACAUCUUACAUAGAGUGUCAUCUCUAUAACACUUAGCCACUUCUUUUAGAACGUUAAACAAUUGUGAAAUGAGGAAGUUUCAAGGUUAUUCAUACUAUGAGUUCAAUAUGGUACAUUGAACGAUUAAAAAUAGCAAUGAGAGUGUUGUUAAGGGUUUUGUGUUGGUUGAAUGGCACAAGGUUUCAGCAUAUAUUCUGGUCAAAUCAUGGGCCUAAAUGUCAGUGAUGUCGUAUAAAUAAAAAUUAUUAUGUGCCAAUGUUCUGAUUUUUGGAAGAAUCUUAUGACUUUGGUUGUCGAAGGUUCAGUCAAUUAUGUCCAACACAUUUCCCUCUAGCUUCCAUCAGUUUAUCGAACAAGAGAGAACAAAGAGAAAAUAAAUUUCACUUUUAAGAUCUAGCUUCUUUUAUACAAAAGUGAUCGACAAGUUGAACUCACUUAGUACUAAAUAGUAUAGUUAAGAUCGUACAAUUACUUAGAAUGAUGUUAUGCCCAACCGUUUUAAGGACGUUUCAUUGUACGCGUUCAAUAUUUGUGAAGUAUGAUACAUUUUUUGAAGAAAAAUGAUAAAAGCACCCUGAUCACUUCGAUGAUUCUGGAAACGUGUCUCUGUAAUUUAGAUAUGCACAAGUAAUUAAUUUGCAACUUCAUUAAUGAAAGUAAAUACCUGUCGUAUAAUACACAUACACACAUACACACACACAUAUAUAUAUAUAAAACAUGUGCUCCGCCUACACAUCACGGAUAAAAAUUACGGUCGUUGUAAUUGCACGAGUUUUUAUGUGCUUUUUUUUUAUUAACUCGGUUGUAAAGUAGGCAACUCACAGACGAAUUCACACUAUCUCUGCCGAAGUUCAAGAAACUGAUAAAUCCUAUAAUGCUUUUAAAUUUAAUUUUUAUUUAAAUUUUAUAUAUAUUACAAAAAUAGGGAAAAUGCAUUAUUUGUUUUAUGGCAUACACACACACACAUAUAUAUAUAUAUAUAUCUCAAUGUCUGUUUCUUGCUUUAGCCGAUGAUAGAAGCGUGAUGUCACUUCUUUACAAUUAUUUUUGAAUUAUUUUUUAUUUUCUAUCGUUCUUUAGUAAGUUUAUUAAUUGACGUUCGUUCUCAUUGACGUUUUCUUUUCUUUUUUGUUUUCUUUUUAAUGCAACAGGAAGGUGAUUAGGUGGUGCUCUGUACAGCAAGUAGAUUCCGAAGAUUGGUCGGUUAAGUUUUGUUUAUGAUAUUGCCUGGAUGUGAAUUUAGUUAGAAUAUAUUUCUGUACAUAUUGCAAGGGAUAUGGGAGGAAGAACGAAAUGAAUGGUACGUGUGUGAGUGCCAGAUUCGAUGUGUAUUCUGUGGAGCGAUAAAUUUGGUUCCAUUGCAGAUAUAAGUACGAAAUGGUGGUGUUAACAUUUUUGUUUGAAAAAAAUGCCUCUAUUUCGAUGCUGGAAGAAAUUCUUAGCUUCGCGGUUACAAAGCCUAGAUUCGUCCUAGAUUCGAUUGCGAUGUAUCGAGAUCGUGUAGUCGUAUAUAUGCUCGCGUAUUAAAAAUAUGUAUAUGUAUAUGUAUAUGUAUAUGUAUAUGUAUAUAUAUAAAUAUAAACAAAUAAAUAAAUAUGCUAUAUAUAUACAUAUAGAUAUAUAAACUAUAAUCACUCAUUAAAGUAUAGCUUCGGUAUAUAAGGUACGCAAGUACACGAAAUUAAACAAAGAUCAAUAGCUCUUUCUUGAGCCGCAA